AUCACAGCAUAUAAAAUAUUUAGUUAAAAAACAAAAAAGAAAGUGUUUGCAACGCUUUUAUUUUGAAGGAUUCUCAAGGGAAGUCACUUUGUGACGUCUACCGGAACAAUGUGAACACUGAACUGUUAUCUUCAGUACACCAUUCUCGUUGUGUCUUCAAUGUAAAGGUGUUAUAACGUGAAUCGUGUCCCACAGCAGAUUACACCGAUCAGGCCAACUUCCAGCGAUGUUUCGUUAAUUUCCGCAGCAGACAGUUAGGAAACCGGAACGAGUACGGAAGGAGGCACUACGGAUAUAGACGAUGUUGCAGAGAGUGGCGGUGGUCGGUGCCGGAGCUGCAGGGCUCUGUGCUGCCAGACACAUCCUGUCCCGCCUGAACCACUUUGCCCCCCCAGUGGUUUUUGAGCUCACAGAGAACAUCGGAGGCACCUGGUGUUACGACGAACGGGUCGGGAGGUACGACAAUGGGCUGCCGAUACACAGCAGCAUGUACAGAAACCUCAGAACCAACCUUCCCAAGGAGGUGAUGAUGUUUCCUGAUUUCCCCUUUGACCCCCAGCUGAGCAGCUUCCUGCCCCACCAGGAGGUCCAAAGAUACCUGGAGAGGUACUGCGACAGCCACGACAUCCGGCCUCACAUCAGGUUUAACACAGUAGUGGAAAACGUGAAACCCGUUGUUGUAACAAAAGGAGGCAAGGUGACUAGGACGACGUGGGACGUGACAUCAUACGACUCAUCAGGUCAUCAGAAAACAGAGACCUUUGACUCGAUCUUUGUCUGCUCGGGGCACUACUCGGAUCCUCACAUCCCCAACAUACCAGGCAUAGAGAACUUUAAAGGAAAGGUGCUCCACAGUCAUGCAUACAGGUUUCCUGAGCCUUACUCAGGUCAGUCCGUGGUGGUUCUCGGAGCUAAAGCUUCAGGAUUGGACAUCUCCAUUGAACUAGCCAACGUUGGUGCUCAGGUGACUUUGAGUCAUGGUCGUCCUCGUUUAACCUUCCCUCUUCCUCCUCGGAUUCAUCAGUCCAGUCCAGUGGUGGCAGUCGACGAGGACGGCAGCAUUCGCUUUCAGGAUGGCUCACAGAGCCCAGCUGACGUCCUGAUGUUCUGCACCGGGUACAACUUCAGGUACCCGUUCCUGGACGCGGCCCAGCUGGGUCUGGAGAUCCAAGACUACAUGGUGUCUCCGCUGUACCGCUUCCUGAUGCCUCCUGCCUUCCCCUCACUCUUCUUCAUCGGCAUCUGCAAGAUCAUCUGUCCCUUCCCAAACUUUGACUGCCAGGUCCAGUUCGCUCUGGCGGUGUUGGACGGCUCAGUCACGUUGCCAUCUCAGGUCAAGAUGGAGAACGAGGUCCAGCGAGAGCUGCAGGAGAAGACGGCGCGGGGAGUCGAGCAGCGCUACCUGCUGGUAAUGGAGCAGGAUCAGUGGGAGUACUGCGAGACUCUGGCUCGCACCGCCGGCUUCCCUCCGCUCCCGGCGACUGUGCGCAGCCUGUACGAGGAGGUGUGGAGACAGAGACGGAUUCACCCUGAAAACUACAGACGGCUCAAUUACAGGCUGCUCAGUGACUCAGAGUGGGAGCUGAUCGAGUGAUGGAGGAGCAUCGCCUACAGUCACGAGUCACGACAUAUAACACACUGUAAACAUUUGUAAACAAACAAGACUGCAAACAAAGAGACAGACGAACACGGUUCUGAAACUCUUCAUGUUCCAGUUUUAUCGAUUAAUACUGGCAACAUCUCACUGCUGUCCUCUUCAGCGCUGAUGAAGAUAGUGCUUAACAAGUGCCUCAAGGGACCUCCACCACAGACAUGUAUAAGAAGGGGCAUAGCCUCAAGGACUGAAAACGAAGCCAGAAGUGCCAGAAACCUGUGUUCUUUCAAAUGUCCAGCAGGGGGCGACUCUUCUGGUUCUAUCAUUUUGAUCUCAUUCUAUUGCUUUUAUCACAGUCUAUUGAUUUGAUCUCAUUCUAUUGCUUUGAUCUUUCCUAUCUUUUUGACCUCUUUCUAUUGCUUUUAUCACAGUCUAUUGAGUUGAUCUUUCCUAUUGCUUGGAUCAAAUCCUACUGAUUUGAUCUAAUUGUAUUGCUUUGAUCCCAUUCUAUUGCUUUGAUCCCAUUCUAUUGGUUUGAUCUGAUUCUGUGGCUUUGAUCCCAUUCCAAUGCUAUGAUCCCAUUCUAUUUCUAUUUCUUUGAUCUCAUUCUAUUGCUUUGAUCCCACUCUAUUGCUCUGAUCUUAUUCGAUUGAUUUGAUCCCAUUCUAUCACUUUGAUCAGUUUCUAUAGCUUUGAUCUCAUUCUUUUGCUUUGAUCUCUUUCUAAGUGUGGUAUCCAGCAGGGGGAACUCCGCUAGUAGGAAAGAGAAUACUAUAUAAAAGGAUACGAGAAAAUGGUCCUCCUCCUCAGCUUAUUUAUUUCCUCAUGAGUUUAUGGUCUCAACACAGCAUGAUGUUCAUUUAGUAAAUGAUGGUCCAUUUAGAGUCACAGAGAGCAGGUAGAGGGGGAGGAGUUAAGAAAUUACCAUCCAUUUAAAAUCUGGUAGAGUCUAAAAUAUUACCCAAACAGUAUUUCAAUAGAUUUCAAAGAGUUUGGAACCAAAGACACAUUUUUCAAUUUUUAGAAAGCAGACACAGCAGAUGUCAACAAUACACUUUAAUCCACAUACUUCCACAAAACAUCAAAAUACAUGAGAUGAGGAAAUGAGGAGUGACGUCACAGACUGGCCUGAGCUCAAACAACAACAACAUCAUAUGAAGCAGGAACGUGCAGAGUGUCGACCUCUGGAAAAUACAUUCAAAAGCCAAUGAAGGUUCAUGUUGAGAGGAGUGUAGCUUAUUAAAAACGCUUUCGGAUUACAUGUUUCAGGACUGAUGCAGUGACGUCGUGCUGACAUCAAGGAAAAAAAAUACAAAGUCAGCAUUCAGAGUUGGAUUCUACAUCACAGGGGUCAAAGGUCAGGUCUGUGGUUUUAGACUAAGGGCACAAAAAAGCACACAGUUUUAACAAAUACAGUCUCUAAAACAGGCGUCACUACCAUUUAAGCCUCUCGGGUGCAUUUUUUAUUUUAUUUAAUCUUUUCUUUUGAAAUCUUUUGAAAUUUUCGAAUGAUUCUUCCAAAAUAAAUGUCUGUGGCCUUUUCACAGCUUAGUCUUUCCCCGGGAAUUAGAAUAAUGACAAUAAUAAUAAUACAUUUUAUUUAUAUAGCGCUUUUCAGAAACUCAAAGACACUGUACAACUAAAAGUUCUAAAAAGAUUACUGGUCUAAUCGUUUGUGUCGUUAAAACCCUGAUAAUGUUUAAAUGAAAUGUUUUGUUGCAUCUUAUGUCGGAUACAUUUCUGACUUAAUGUAUAUGAUCUAAAAUUUAAGACAUUUAGGAUUUCUGUCAAAAAAGGCAAAAAUAAACGUUUGCAUACUUUUUACACUUCA